UAUUGCCAUAUUUCUAAAUGGGCAAAUGAAUGCUGGAAUUCUUAGCAGUAUUGGUGAUUGGAUCUCCAAUAUAUGGAACUUCGGUUCAUAUCUCUUAGAUGUUAAUAAUCUAAGCAAAGGAUUACAAAAACAUAAUGGUACUGUUAAAACUAAAUUGAAUAGCGGAUAUAAAGUGUUAAAUGUAGUGCUUCACAAAUUCGAAACCUUUGUUGAAGAUGUGAAAAAUAAUGUAACAAGAGAGACAAAAGACUUGAAACCCAUACCACCAACAACAAAAAAACCAAAGAAAGUAAAAAAACCAUACAAAGUAAAAAAACCAAACAAAGGAAAAACACCAAACAAUGUAAAAAAACCAAUGAAAGGAAAAAAACCACACAAAGUAACAAAACCAAAGAAAGAAAAAAAGCCAUCAAAAAAAAGUACAACACCAAGAAAUCCGUUUACUGUUAUUAUUGGAUUAAAUAUGGGCAACAGAGGAAAAUUUUGA